UCCGUUCUCUAGCUGUGGUCCGCCCCAGAGGCUGAUAUUUAGGAUGCUGAGAGAAGUCACAGUGCCAAGUACACACAAACCUCCAGUGGCCGGCUUCCCAUGCCUACCCUGAACCAUCCAAUCAGGACCUCUUCGCUCCGCCCCAAGAGCUGUAGCUUUCUUAAUCCGUCAUUGGCCUUCUUCUAAUGGGCGGGGAAACGGAGGCUCAGCAAGGGCAAGACUUUGGCCUAAAGGUGCACAGCAAAUCAAAGCAGGUAUGGAUUGCCCCGCAGCCUGUCCAGUUUCGGCAAUUUCUUAAAUCCGUGGUAGCUUUGAUCAUUCGUAUCACAUCAUCACGACCCUAUUCUCCUCUGAGCGCGCAGAACUCCCCGCCCAGUGGCUAGUAGUAUUGAGGAUUGUUGGGCGAGAGACGGCGUUCCCCCACUGUUGCCCGCUGUCCCCUUUAAGAGACGGCCCCGGCGGGACUACGUUUCCCAGAAGGCUUUGCCCUCGCGUUAUGUAACUUUCCCUGCGAAGCGGCCUCUGGGGCAGAAGGAGGAGGUGGAGGCGGCGGCGGCCGUUGCAGCAGCGGCGGCGGCGAGAGCGGCGGGACCCCGAGGCGGCGGCGCCCGCGGCCCAUCGCGGGGCGCGAGCUGUGCGCCUCAGCUCGCAGCCCGGACCGAGUGGGGGCGCCGACGAGCCUCUGUCUGCCUUUUCAAGGGAGGCGGGAGUGAGGAAAAAGGCUUAGGGCCCAGGGGGCGGGGAAGGGGGGCCGGGCCUGGAUCCGGCGGGGAGGCCGAGCCGGAGGCCGGACUGUGGCUCGCGCUGUCCCGGGAGCUCGGAUCGAGCGUUGGCUGCGCGGAUCGAACGUCGGCGGCGGGUGGAAGGCGGGGACCUGGCGGCGCGCGCGCGGGGACCAUGGCGUCAGUACAGGCGUCCCGCCGCCAGUGGUGCUACCUGUGCGACCUGCCCAAGAUGCCGUGGGCCAUGGUGUGGGACUUCAGCGAGGCGGUGUGCCGCGGCUGCGUGAAUUUCGAGGGCGCGGACCGCAUCGAGCUGCUCAUCGACGCCGCUCGCCAGCUCAAGCGCAGCCACGUGCUCCCGGAGGGCCGCUCGCCCGGGCCCCCAGCGCUCAAGCACCCAACCACCAAGGACCUGGCCGUGGCCGCCGCGCAGGGUCCCCAGCUACCGCCUCCGCAGGCCCAGCCCCAGCCGUCGGGGACCGGCAGCGGCGUCUCCGGCCCGGACCGCUAUGACAGAGCCACAUCGUCUGGCCGCCUCCCGCUGCCCUCGCCAGCCCUGGAGUACACCCUAGGGUCCCGCCUGGCCAAUGGGCUGGGCCGAGAGGAGGCUGUGGCGGAAGGGGCGCGCAGGGCCUUGCUUGGCACUAUGCCCAGCUUGAUGCCCCCCGGGCUGCUGGCAGCUGCGGUGUCUGGCCUGGGAGGCCGAGGCCUGACGCUGGCGCCCGGCUUGAGUCCUGCCCGUCCACUUUUCGGCUCCGAUUUCGAGAAGGAGAAGCAGCAGAGGAAUGCAGACUGUCUGGCAGAACUGAAUGAGGCUAUGCGGGGCCGUGCGGAGGAGUGGCACGGGCGUCCCAAAGCUGUGCGGGAACAGCUACUGGCGCUGUCUGCCUGCGCCCCCUUCAAUGUCCGCUUCAAGAAGGAUCACGGUUUGGUGGGGCGGGUGUUCGCCUUCGAUGCUACUGCCCGCCCUCCGGGAUACGAGUUCGAGCUGAAGCUCUUCACCGAAUACCCCUGUGGUUCUGGCAAUGUGUACGCGGGGGUCCUGGCCGUGGCUCGCCAGAUGUUUCACGAUGCUCUGCGGGAGCCUGGCAAGGCCCUGGCCUCCUCGGGCUUCAAGUACCUCGAGUAUGAACGCCGUCAUGGCUCGGGCGAAUGGCGCCAGCUGGGCGAGCUGCUCACUGAUGGUGUCCGCAGUUUUCGAGAGCCCGCUCCUGCCGAGGCCCUGCCCCAGCAGUACCCAGAGCCGGCCCCUGCAGCUCUGUGUGGCCCACCUCCACGAGCCCCAUCCCGGAACCUGGCACCCACGCCGCGCCGCCGCAAGGCCUCCCCUGAGCCCGAGGGCGAGGCGGCUGGGAAGAUGACAACAGAGGAGCAGCAGCAGCGGCACUGGGUGGCACCUGGCGGGCCAUAUUCUGCUGAGACCCCUGGUGUGCCCUCACCCAUUGCCGCCCUGAAGAAUGUGGCGGAGGCCCUGGGUCACUCUCCCAAGGACCCUGGUGGCGGUGGAGGCCCUGUGCGUGCAGGGGGUGCUAGCCCCGCAGCCUCCUCCACCACCCAGCCACCGACCCAGCAUCGCCUAGUGGCCCGCAACGGUGAAGCAGAAGUCAGUCCCACAGCGGGGGCCGAAGCUGUCAGCGGGGGUGGUAGUGGCACAGGGGCGACCCCUGGAGCUCCCCUUUGCUGUACCCUGUGCCGAGAGCGCCUGGAAGACACCCACUUUGUCCAGUGCCCCUCGGUGCCCGGACACAAGUUCUGCUUUCCCUGCUCGCGGGAGUUCAUCAAGGCGCAGGGCCCGGCUGGGGAGGUGUACUGCCCCAGUGGAGACAAGUGCCCGCUGGUGGGCUCCUCCGUCCCCUGGGCCUUCAUGCAGGGCGAGAUCGCCACCAUUCUUGCUGGUGACAUCAAGGUCAAGAAGGAACGGGACCCCUAGGCCACCACUGCCACCAGGCUACUGCUUCCUCCCCCCUUGCCACCCACCGCAACUGCGGAUAAAUUAUUCCCUCCCUCACCCACCCCGUGCCGUCCCCACCUGUGUACAUACCCCCUUCCUCUGCCCAGAUGGGUCCCCUGGGGUAGAUGCAUUGUGGGUGGGGGGACAAAGCUUGUGGCUCCUGUCAGAGGGGGUGUUUGGGGUUCCGUGGCCCCUCCAAUUUCCCUCUCCCCUCCUUGGCUUGGCUUUGCUGCUGCUUGUAGUUGGGGAGAGGUGUCCGCUCCUGGAGAAGGGGCCCCCUGAACACUCGCUCUUUAUAAACGAAGCAAAAGCAUUUUAUUGCCCCCCUCUCCCACCCUGUACCUCCUUCAAUAAACCGAAAGAUGUUUUUUUUUUU